AUGUGUCUGAAUACAAAUGGCCGCAACGUCGAUCCGACUUGCCAUUUCCCGCCCAGAGACCCGAUGAAAACCGGAUUCUCACUGUCCAUCUACUUGAAGGAGAAUUCGGUCAUUUUUUACCAUGAGAAAUUGGCGGCUCUCAGAAGAGUUGGUGGGUCAGGAUUGAAACUGAACGACCCGACCCGAGUAAAGCUCAUCCUGACUUAUAUCUGGAUAAUAGAAAUAGGCCAAACGAAAAUUAUUAAUGGAUCUGCACCUGAUAUUGCUGGGAAGGUUAGCUUUCUAACUUGUUCUUCGGCAGACCUCGUCGGGACGGAUACAUCUCAACCAUCGUUUUUGGCGCGUUGGUCUUCCCGAAGAAAAAUAAACUCUGAUUCCAAAAAUAACACGGAUAUUAACCAGUGGUGUUCUGUGGCGAAAUUGUUGACCACAUCCUCCUUGCCAGAGAUGAGUUGUUCUUGGGUGGAAAAGCUAGCGGUAAUCCCUUAUCCUGACUUCAUCUAUGACAGUAGGUUCACGAUCAACAAAUAUAGAUCUUGGGACAUGCUUUCCUGA